AUGGAGUUCAUACUUGGAACAGCUUAUUGUCAGAAUGAAGCAUGUCAAGCACAUUGCGAUGAUAUGAUAUGGUAUGUACAUCAAGCUAAAAUCACACCUUUUUGUAUAGGGCAUUCUCAGUUGGUCCAAGUGUUUCGGAGAUCGAGCAAGAAUCUGCCGGUUCCGUGUGAUCAGAGCUACAAUUGGGAAGAAACGCUUUGCCUGAAUCUUAUUCUGCAACAAUUGGAUUUCUAUGUGACAUGUGCCGUGUGUACUAAGACGAGUCCACAGAAUCUGCAAAUUAUUCGAAAGAACUGUCAGAAGGUGUAUCCAUCUCCCAGUAGAAGGAGUAUGGAUAGCAAAGGUGAAAGUGAGGAAAUUACGUAUCCAAAAUUGUAUUUCGCGAUUGAUGCCUUUGAGGAGGUUCGGUAUGCUGAAAUGGCCGUGGCUCGAGUGCCCAACUGCGGGUAUGAAACACCUUCUAUGGAGGACAGCGUUGAAUUCUCAGAAUUAGCAAAUGUGGAACAUUCUUGGAAUCGUCGCAGAAUGUCUGAAACUAACCUUGGUGGGCCUAUGUUUCUCCCUCGCCAGCCGUUGAUGUCCUCUGUGCAUAAUGGAGUUCGUGGUCGACGCUGGCAGAGCGAAGCAGACACGAUAAAUGCGUAUCCUGAAGUUGACGGGAGCAACAUUGAUGAUGAACUCAGCGAGGGUGUUCUGACACGCCUGUGGUCUGUGCAUGGAUUCGGCCAAGCGUGGCAUUGGCUCCGCGAGAAGAAAAGAGCACAGUGUACACCGCUAAAUGCAUAUCUCACCUAUAUCACACUUUCUUGGACGAGUAUUCUUCAAGACCUGUUGAGUGAUCGUCCCAAACGACCAAUAUUGACGUUCGAGUUGGACUCUCCACAUGGUAUAUGA